AUGAUCCCCAAGACUAUGAAGGCCCUCCGGCUUGUCCAGUACAGCUCCCAAUACAAGCUAGAAGACAUACCAGUGCCCUCUAUUGGUGACAAUGAGCUGUUAGUUAAGGUUGGAGCGGCGGGAUUCUGUCACACGGAUUAUCAAGUCUAUAAAGGGGAGUAUAAGUCGCCGACUCCCAUGACUCCGUCCCACGAACCGGUUGGCACCAUUGUCGCCGUGGGUGCAAAUGCUCCUCCUGUGUGGAAGACUGGCCAACGGAUCGGAUUGCUCAAUUUCCGACAUGGAUGUAAUAGCUGCAUUGGCUGUGAGGUGUCUCGUGACCCCUUGCGGCCCCUGGAACCGGACAUCCGCUUCUGCGAAAACAAAGAUAUGGCGGGCAUUCGCGCUGAUGGCGGCUUUGCAGAAUACGUUGUGGCGGACCCUGCGACUUCUGUGCAUUUGCCAGACGGCCUUUCUUUUGAACAGGCAGCACCGCUGAUGUGCGCUGGAGCGACUGUGUGGACGGGCCUCGAUGAAGCGUCCGUGAAGCCAGAUCUCCCAAUCGGAGUGGUUGGCAUCGGCGGAUUGGGCUGUUUGGCGCUGCAGUUUGCAGCAGCUCUCGGACACCCGGUUGUUGCAAUCGAUAAUCGCGCCGAAGGCCUGCAGGUAGCCCAAGAGGUUCCUGAACAUCUGAGACCGGGAGGAGUUAUCGAUUACAAUGCGCCUGAGGCAACCAGAGAAGUUAUCAGUUUUGCCGGAGGUGGCGGUCUUGCUGGCAUUCUUGUUUGCACUGAUAGCAUCGAGGCGACUGAGUGGAGCUUGAAAGUACUCCGACCACAUGGAGUCUGCGUUCCAUUCGGACUUCCUGAAGAAGGGUUUAAGUUCUCGGCAUUCGAUAUUGUCUUCAAGACGUUGGUGAUCAGAGGGAGUCUUUUGGCCAAUCAGCGGCUAGUCUCUGAUAUGAUGCAGUUGGUUGCUGACAAGGGUGUGCAAUCCCAUGUGCAGACGAUGAGCCUGGAGGAAGGUACAAAUCUGCCGGACCGGUACAUGAAUCCACACUUGAAGGGUCGUUUGGUAGUGACUAUGUAG